AUGCCUAUACACAGCAGCAGCAGCAGCAGCAGCAGCAGCAGCAGCAGCAACAUCAACAGCAGAAUCAGCAGCAGCUGCAUAAUACCAGCAAGAGCAGCAGCACCAACACGUCUAGCAGCACAAGCAGCAGCAGUAGAACUAGCAGCAGCAGCAGCAGCAGCAGCAGCAAUAGCAGCAAGCCACGCAGCACAACCAACAGGACUAGCAGCAGCAGGCGCAGAAGCACAAGUAGCAGCAGUACGGCAGAAGUGGAGGGGACAACAGCAGGAGCAGGAGCAGCAGCAGCAGUACAAGCAGCAGCAGCAGCAGCAACAGCAGCAGCAGCAGCAGCAGCAACAGCAGCAUUACCUGAAUGUAACUUUAGCUGUUCCUGUGCAUUCGUUGGUGAUGGGGUCAGUUGACAUCUGCAGCUUAAAGUGCGAGCGAGGCGGGCGAGAGAGACAGCUGCUGCUGCUGCUGCCAGCAGCAGCAGCAGCAGCAGCAGCAGGAGUUGCUGCUGCAGCAGCAGCAGCACCAGGGCUGCCCUGCAGCAGCUGCAGCAAACGCUCUUCCCGGAUAUCCCGCGGCAGACCGCGAAGGUGA